GACUGGAUUGGAGUGUGUGGUGUAUGUGGCGAAUGCCAAGUGACUUGCGAGUUAGUGUACUUUAAGCAAAUAAUGAGUUUAGACAAAAAUACGGCUGUUUCUGUUGAUCCACAGCUUCAGCAUUUUAUUGAAGUUGAAACUCAAAAGCAGCGGUUUCAGUUUCUUGUCCACGGUUUGACAGACACAUGUUGGGAGCUGUGUGUUGAUAAACCAUCCUCAAGGCUGGAUAAUCGCACUGAGAAUUGCCUAAAUAACUGUGUUGAACGAUUCAUUGACACAACCAACUUUAUUGUUAAUAGGUUGGAGAAAACACAGCAGUUUGCAGCAGUAUCAUCAGAUUUGUCGUUUGAAUAAACUGAACAAUCAACCUGG